AUGGACUUUUUGGACACUUUUGGACUUUGUACUAUUGGACUUUGUGAACUUUAUUCGGACAAACUUCUUGCAUAUAUCGCCCUUCACGCUCAUUACGACCUUACGCCUCCUAGGACACUAGCCUGGACAUUUUUCCCGCUCGUUUUGGAGCCACUAGUACGGACUUCAUUAUACGAGACACUAUGGACUGUAUAG